CUCUCUCUCUCUCUCUCUCUUUCUGUACAUGGGAAUUUGCGGCUUGUGUCGUGUCGGGGCUACAGCUUUGUGUGUCGGGGCGACAAUGAGGAUGAAGAAAUCAAUGUCGAGUCGAGAGCGUGUUGUGGGCUUGACUCCAGCUCUCGAGGGUUUUCCCUUUUGUAUUAUAGCUGUAUGGUGGGGAUUUUCAGAGUCGAUGUUUCGCAAUCCGCUCGCGAUGAAAAUACAAGCUUAGGCCAGUUAUGUUGUCAGUAUUCGAUUCGAGAGAGACAGGGAGGGAGAAGGACGACGCGUCGACGUGAAAAAGUCGCCGGCGCACAAAAGCCGUAUUCGUAGAAAAAAGGGCAGAGCCGACGUCAACUCGUGGAAGUACACGUAAGAAUAUAACUGCCGCUGCUCCAAUUCUUUGGCAAUAAUGGACUAGUACACAUUAUACACGAGGGGCGAGUGUCGUUUGCGGCGUUACGAGGGUUUACACGCGGUCGAUGGGAAAAUACUUUAUUGUCGAGCUGACACAGUCGACGCGGGACGACUUGCCUCAACUCACAAGUACAUGUAUGUAUGCCGCAUUGUGUGUGUGUGUGUACUGGAGGCCGAGAUAUGUGGGCCUUUUUUCGGCCGUAUAAUGCGCGCAACUGUGUACACAUUUAAUUGUGAAUCGGAGAGGCUCAUUUGGAUUUUUACGCGCUUGUUUCAACGAGCGACGAUAUUGCAGAUGAAAUCUUCUCUCCGGAAAACGUAUGUCGCGCAUAUUUCCCGGUAUAGCGACUCGAGUCCGAGCUGAAAGCUGAAAUAAUGUCUGGCCGCGCCGCACACAUGACGCUCGCGUUUGUUCAGCGCGACCGCGCGCAUCGCUGCUUUCCGGGCCCUCUUUAUGAUUGACGUGGGUCCUGUCACUCUCUCGCGCACACGUGCAGCGCGCUUAUACAGUAUACGCGAGUUCCUUCUUACACAUACGUUAGCCGGGCUAAGUUUUGAAAAGCAAUAAUAAUAAAAAGCCGCCUCGGCAAUUCGCGAAAAAUAUCCUAGCUAUACACCAAUACCUAUACAAGAGACAAUAUAAUAAUCGCGAAAAGAAGUAUACCCAGGCUAUCGCGGCUACGGGUGGGCGUGUCCGUCCAAUCCCUUAACGGCAUGGCGUCGCGCCAAUCCCCUUGCGUCUCUCUCACAAAGCUGUCAGCCCAAGCUCCGCCUUGGACCAAUCCGAGCUGCGACCCUCCCGUAUACCCUGCACAAGUCUCUCUUCUCCUCGUCUCGCGUUAUUUCCACGGCUAUUCAGCUCUCAGUCUGCUCGGAACCGCGCGGCCGAGUGCUGCAGCUCUCGCGACCCGCCGCCACGCACCUCGUCUUGCGUCAUCGCGUGUGGCUUCUUACACGCACCGAGUUAUAUACACCCGUCGAUUCAGUGCAUCGAUGAUCAUUUAACCUUGUGUGCGCGCGCUUCGAUCGCGAGUCGAUCCUGCAGAGAAGGAAUAGACUGUACGCGUAGACGAGACACGUAGUGCUGCGCGCCGAGUAUAGCAGCAGCGCAGAAGAAGACGAAGUAUAUCAGCGGUAGCAGCGCGCUCGGCUCUCUUCUAAAAUUAGUCGCGCUAUUAAUAGUGCGCGGCCGUAGCGGCACUAGCAGCAGCGGAUAUUCUCUCUUGGCAAAGCCCGCCGGCGAAACACGAAACCUCGCGCACGCGGAUUUUUCCGACGGCGCAUUGUCGAGAAAUUGCGACGCCGCGUAAUCCUUUACAAUACAGCCGCGAGGGAUUAUACAUAUUCCGCGUCGUCGUCGUCGUCGUCGUCGUCGUGUGUGUGUGUGAGGCAAGAGGCUCUCGCAAAGCCGAUUAUAAGUAACACGAGGAAUAUCUCGGCAGCAGUCUCCUUCCGGCGCGCUCUGGUGUAUAUAGUGCAGCGAGUUCUUUUACCGCGUGUAAUACACACAGCAGCGACCGUCGGAUGUCGUACUGAGGCAGUGGCAGCAGCAGAACCGAGUGUGAGAAGGCAGUAAUGAGGUGAUGAUGGCCUACGGGGGACCCGCCGGUUCCGCGAGAAGCGCGACCUCCGGUGAUGUCGUGCUCGCAGGUACCGGUUCGCAGCAGCAGCAGCAGCAGCAGGGUUACAGUCCUCAGAGUACACCCAACCCGUCGCUACCGAUCGACGGCCCUGCGCCGAGUUACGGACCUACAGCUAACUACAGUCCCCAGGACAGUCCGGUCGGUUCGGUCGUCACGGCUGCGGUCGCCGCCGUUGCUGCCAAUGGACAAGUGCCCGGGUUCACCUUCACUCAGGAGCAGGUCGCCUGCGUUUGCGAGACGAUGGUUGCGUCUGUCCAGGUGCUCCAGCAGGCGGGCAGCGUCGAGAGGCUGGCGCGCUUCCUCUGGUCCCUGCCGGAGUGCGCGCGGCUCCGCAAGAACGAGAGCGUCCUGAAGGCCCAGGCGGUCGUAGCCUUCCACCACGGCAACUUCAAGGAGCUCUACCAGAUCCUCGAGAGCAACACCUUCAGCUCGCACAACCACAACAAGCUCCAGCUGCUCUGGCUCAAGGCGCACUACAUCGAGGCCGAGCGGCUGCGCGGCAGACCUCUCGGGGCGGUCGGCAAAUAUCGGGUGCGGCGCAAGUUCCCGCUGCCCAGGACGAUCUGGGACGGCGAGGAGACGUCCUACUGCUUCAAGGAGAAGUCGCGGCUGGUCCUGAGGAAGUGGUACGACACGAACCCCUACCCAUCGCCCAGGGAGAAGCAGGAGCUCGCCGAGACGACGGGCCUGACGACGACGCAGGUCAGCAACUGGUUCAAGAAUCGCCGGCAGCGGGAUCGGGCCUCCGAGCACAACGGUCAGAAGGGCGACAAGUGCCACAACGGCGACCCCGGCGACUCGAGCUACGAGAGCGGCGACGAGACGAAGCGCCAGUCGGUCAGCCAGCAGUCCCAGCAAUCGGCAGCCUCCUGCGCCGUCGCCCAGCAGCAGCAGCAGCAGCAACAACAGCAACCGCCGCCUCAGACCGCCCCGCACCAGCUGGUCGACCAUCAGCAACAGCAGCAGAGCUCGAGCAUGUACCAGCUGCCGGCGCAGGUCUCGGUCUCCUCGAGUCCGCACUCGUACCACCAGAGCCACGCGAGCAGCCUCGGACACCACAUGCAGGCCCAGCAUCACCACGACAGCAGCAACGAGAGCGUCGCCGGCGACGACAAGAGGAACCUGCAGCACCAGCUGCAGCAUCACCUUCAAGCUGCCGCCGCGGCUCACGGACUCGUCCAUCCGACGGCGACGCUUCCCCACCAGUCGAGCUGCGCCCAGCAGAAGAGCCAGCUCGAUUACAUGCAGUACUACAGCUCGCAGGACUACCUGAUAGGCACGCCGAGCUCGUCGGAUCUGCAAAAGUCCCUGCCCCACACGGCGACCUCGAUGCAGAUGGGCGCGAUAGCACCGUCUAUGGGAGGCCUCAGCCCGAUGGGUCACUCGUCGAUGAUGCCCAGCUCGAUGCAGGGCGUGAACCACACGAUGAACGGCAUGUCGAUGAACGGCAUGGGCAUGGGCGCCUACCAGGGUAUGGGCACGAUGGCCAUGCCUGGAUCCCACGCGGGCUACCACAGCGCCAGUCUAGUGCUCGGCGAGUAUCAUUCCUUGUGACCUUGGGCUCGACCCACCACUAGCAACAAGCGCAAGCCGCCGCCGCCGCAGCAGCAGCAGCAACCCUAUCACUACCAGAAUCAUCAUUCGCAUCAUCAUUUGCAUCAUCAUCAGACUAGCAGUGAUCAUCAUAGCAAUCAUCAUCAUCAGCAGCCGCAGCAGCAGGACAAGGCUAGCUCGUGGGAGUAUCAGCAGACGUCCUCGAUACAGCAGCAGCAGCAGCAGCAGCAGCAGCAGCAGCCACAGCAACAGCACAACGGCAACUCCAGUAAGCCGGUGACUAUCGUUGAAGCACGAAUUUACUGUCUCACGGAGUAGACGCGCGAUUAUACACACAAAUAGAUAUAUAUAUAUAGGAGGCUAGGAAAGCGUGUCCGCUAUGGUCUGCGUUUCGUUAUUUUUAAAUUAUUUCAAUCCUACAUACUUCAUUCUCGAAACACGCGACGACGGGGACCAGAGCUUGGACACCGCGACAAGUAGUUGAUAAAAAAUGAAAGGAAAAAUCAUUUAAAAAAAAGAGAGAGUUCUCAGCCGUUGUACAUACGCAUAGACUCUACGUAGCAACUGCUCUAUCUCAGAUGCGUUCAAAGUCUCAUUGUCGCCAUCGUACACGGGAGAGAGAGAACAGAGUAUCACAAUCAUACACUAUAUAGUUACCGUUUUUCUCUGUGGGAAACCGUACGUUGUGUCAAAAAAAAAAAAAAACAAAAAUGCUGAAAACAAUGAAACCGAAUGACGCGAACCCAAAAGUCGAGUGAAUUCGCGUUACUUGUCCUUCUUGUACAUGUAUGUAGAUAGAAAAGAAAGAGAAACUAUGUUAUAACGACUCGAGGCUUACGCGUUGACGACUCACUCGCGCAUGUUAUGAUAUAUUAUAUAGGAUGUAAUUUAAAGAAAGAUAUAUAGAGAACGAAACGAGUGGAGAGAGUAGGUGGCCUUUUGAUAUUUCUUUUUACCAAACUCCAUUUACAAGUCUGUAUACAAAUUUUCUUGCAACUCUGCACAAACUAUAAACUCAACGUUCAAAUUUUUUCUCGUCGAUCAAACAUACUACUCUAGAGCUGAAAAAUAAACGCAUGAAUUUUCGAAGAAAGUAUUGCGCGCAUCAAAGCUGCCCAUCCACCCACCCCCGCCAGUUCAGUGUGACAUCUUAAAACAUAAGAGUAUAUGAUAUAGCAAAGAAAGUAUAAAAAGACAGUUGAUUGUAAAUAAAGCAUACGCAUAUAUUAGUUAAGUGGCAAUUGAAAUCUAAUAAUAUAAAGUAUAUACACAAAAACACACAUAAGAGAAAACUCGGUUAAUUGAAAAAUCCAUAGCGAGUCAAGUUACUAAAGCAAACAAAUAAUUAGCCGGUGAUUCCUCGAACGGACUUUAGUUCCGAGUAGGGGAUUUAUAAGAUAAAAAAGAAGAAGAAAAAUAAUCAAAGCAAAUAGCUAAAAUAAACUAUACACGCGGAGGGAGGAAAGCGCGCGUAACGAGGCGACGAAGCGAAGUCGACGAGAGGUCGAUCGUCGUUCUGUUCCUUUGGUCGUAACGGCCGGCCAACUGGGUUAUACAUAUAUAUAAAAUGCCUGAAGCGCUAGACGAGACUCUCUCUCUCUCUCUCUCUCUCUCUCUCUCUCUCUCCUCUCUCUCUCUCUCUCUCUCGUCGCUCGUUUCUUCCUCCGCGCGCGUUCGUUAUUUAAGAUAUAGUCACAAGCCAGUGUGAAGCGCGGCAACGGCGCGAGAACAAUGUCCACGGGAUGAAACAGGGUAUAUAAAUUAUGUACAGAAACGAGCUGGCUCCGCGCUUGUACGAGGGAAAAAUCCGACGAUUAUUCCCUUUAUGAUUUUAUUUUAUUAUAUCUACUCGCGAUUUGACGCGUUUGACGAGUUGUGCCAGGAUCUCGAAUCGAAUUGAAAAAUCAUCUCUCGAAGCCGAGAAGACGACCGAUCGAAAGCGUAUAGCGAGUGAGAGUAGCUCACACGCGCGCGAGAACGAAAAGCUAUAAAUAGCCAUCGACGCCGAGCCUCCACGACGUUUAAUUUGUGUAUACACCGAGCGCUCGCUCGCGGGAAAGAGAGAAUCGUGCGUGUAUUCGAGAGUGAUAGUUGUGUGAUUAUACAUGUAUUGUUCACGAAGCGAUGUCGAUAUGUUAUAGUGAAAUUUUUUCGCGUUUUUCCUUUUCAACCGAUACUAUCCGCGCUAGCUCUCGGCAAUCGAAGGAUUAGAGAGACGAGAGAAAGGGAUAAGCCGAGUGAUGUAUAGAGAGAACGAACAAAAAAAAAAAAA